GCAGCCUGCGCGUUUUACCCGUUUGCCAUCGAGGUAGGACAGUUUUGUCCCAACCGAAGCGCCCGUGUGCGUGCGUCAAAACUCGUGAUCGAAUGAAUUGCCAACGCAAUUGCUCGGCCAACAAAAUUCCAACCUUCCAGCCCGUUUCCGGCGGUGUUGAUUAUCCGAGAGAGCAGCUCAUUCGAUGUACGUUUCGGCGUGGUGCUAAACUGGUGGCCAAUACGAUUACGCGACGGGCAAGCAAGUGAAAGAAAGGCCGUGGCCGUGUAAUAAUAAGAAGAAGAAAAACCUCCCCGAAAAGAGAAAGGAAGCAGGAAAAAAAAUUGUUCGUGUGUUUGGGGCGUUAAUGUAAAGUUAUUGCGGUUGUGUUUGAAGUGUGAUAAAUGAAGUAGUUGUGCAAACGAUGCAAGCGAGAUAGCGAAUUAAGCAGUUUGGGGCGCGCGCGUGAAAGAGAGAGAGAGAGAGAGGGUGAGAGAAAGAAAGAGAGAGAAGAAGAAAAUGGCAAGGGCGAGUGAUUAAGAGUGCGUGUGUGCAUAAGAGAGAGAGAGAGCGAGAAAGCAAGAGAUAGAGAGAUAGCAGAGCGCGGCAAGCGGAACGGAGCAGGAAGUGAAGGAAAAAGAAGAGGCGGUAAAAGAUUCGGUUGGUGAUCGCGGCUCGCCCCAAAAGUACGUGUUGGAAAAGUGUGCUCCCCCUCCCUCGGUGAACCCCUGUGGCCACGCAUGGUCAGGGUUGGUGCAGAGUUGCUUUGGUGAAAAUGCUGCCGAGCUACCGUGCCCAGUGGAAAAUGUCUGAGGCUACCGUGGAUUGAAGGCCUGCUGCUGCUGCCCGUGUGCCUGCACGCAGAUUUGUGUCCGCCGUGCUGCUGUAAAAUGUACCUGUGCACGCGCCUCCGUUACAGUCGGAACGGGCAUGGCCGGUGGUGAAACGGUGGUGAAAAAACAGGAAAAUAGGCAAAUUGGUGUGAAUCUUCCCCCUCCCCAAUAGCAGGUGCGUGUGUGCGUGAGCGAACGAGGGCUGAAGGUGACAGUGGCUGAAACAUUGAUUAACGGGCGUUGAGGUUGACUUCGUCUAGAAAGUGGGUUCACUGUCUUGUCAGGCAGUGUAUGGAGCAUAAAGAAAAGCGGAAAAAGCGGCCUAGUGCUAGUGUGGUUCUGGCUCAGCGAGAUUCGGUCCAGUAGUGCGGCUGGAGCUGCUGCUGGCUGCUACUGGGUGGGUUCCGUGCGCUUCAAUAUCCCACGUUGCGUUCGAAACCACCGACUUGAGGGUGCGAGGAGACGAACCCGACUCGGUAGAGGGCUGGUGGGCUGCCUGCUGCUAAAGGCGUUGGUGGUGGCCGUGCUGGUCGGCAGUGCUGUGACAGCGGGAGGGGGGGUGACGGGAGCGAGUCUUGGAGGAGGAAAAUUCUGAGGAAAACAACGACCCGCAGUGCGUCUGCGCGCUUCCGAAUGAGUGAAAAGCGAUGAAGUGAACUGCCCUUCAGUGCCUGCCGCACACAACACAUGCAAUAAUACGCGCACACACACACACGGGCACACACUCACAGCAUAGAAUCGUUCAUACCUAUACUCCCAAGCUGACACUAGCUGCCACACCGACACACUCACACACAUACACUCGCACAGACUAGCUAACGAGUGUCGGACAGCGCCUUUGCGCGAGGACGCAUCUCAGUGGUUCAAGGAAGGGGCAGGAAGGCGGCAGGAUAUUCGAAACUCGAUUCAAUCGAUCGUUCAAUUCGAACAGUGCGUGUCGGCGAUGGCAGAGUGCUCCAGUGAAGCGGGUCGGCGCUAUCUUUCACCGCGCUACGUCGGAGGCGCUGCACGGUAGUGCGCUCGCGAGGGGCCGUGGCCGGAAAAUCCCGAGCGUUUCGAGGACCCGUGCGGACGGGUACGCGGUGGGCCCGCGGUACGCGCAGGUUGCCGCGGUGUUACUGACCGGUGCACGGACACCAGCCCGGAUCGGCCCUGGUGCAGUGGGGCGUGGAGUUUGUGUGUGCGUGUGUGGGCUUGUGCGGGGGAGGGGGGAGGAGUGCAGUUCCGCGUGUGUGUGUGUCGACGGAUGAUGGAGCCGGGCGUAGCGGUCAUCCCAUCGCCUGCACUGUCGUCGUCGCUGUCGUCCGGACUGCUGUGAGCAUAUUGGGGCGGAUUGGCGUGUGUUUGCGGAACUAGGCGGAAGGAAUUAGCUAAUCACGCGGGGCGACCGCCGUCGUGCACGCCACUCGACCGUCCUCCGGCGACUACAAUUUCCGGUGGGCAGGUGCCGACGGAUGUCGCGUUUAUCGCCAGCGAGUGUCGAUGCAGCGAGGGGGCUCAAAACAGUGCCCCCUAGGUCACUCUUUUGAGGCAUGUCGUAAUGGCAAGGGAGGAGUCUCGUGGCAAGAGGCCUUUAAAAAUCUGGGACAGUUGGCGCAAUGUCCGUAAAGGUCUCGUAGUAGGUAGCUUCGAGGAGCUAAUAGUUAGAGGAAAAGAUAAAUUAGGAGUGCCAGCCUCCGAGCCCGUGCGAUUGGUGUUGGAAUGCGAUGGCACACAGGUGGAGGAUGGCGAGUAUUUCAGGACGUUAGCGAAUAAUACCGUUCUGCUUCUGCUGCGGCAAGGUGAACGUUGGUAUCCUACGGGUGUGGAUGUAAUUAAAGCUGCAAUAUCAGCAAUACCAAAGAUCGUUUGCGAAACUAUACAUGCAUUGGAGCUGCAGGAUGAAACACCCUCCUGGAAGAUUAUGGAUAACAAGGGUCGAGUCACAGUUGUGUUGCAUUGGGAUCAGCGGCAAGGCGGCGGGCAAGGGGGCGGCGGCGGCGGAGGCGGCAGCAGUAGUAGCGGAGGCCCGGGCGGUUCCAGCAUCGGGCUAAGCAACGGUCCGACGUCGGACAAGUUUUCGCCGUCGAAGAAGAGCCUGUCGACGCAGAACUCGAUCGACAAGUCGUCCGUGUCGAGCCAGCCUCGCUUCCCCAGUCCGCAAAUUACCGUGAUCAACCACGAUGAUCCCCAGUCGCAGAUGUACCAUUCGGCCCGGCGGCUCUCCAAGCAGGGCGGCUCGUUCGACAGUGCGGUCGGGGCGGUGCACGUGCACACGCCCGAGUGUGCGCACCACGCGCACAUGCCUACGCGGGCCGGCAGCCCCGGCGCGACCGAGUGUGACUUUCACUGCUGCGCCCUGCACGAGGAGGGGCGCAAGAUUGCGGUGCACAAGAAUGUGGCCACCUCGCCCAUACAGGACGGCUCUGCCAGCCCGCAGCCGCCCCCGAGCAGCCUGUCGGACAGCCGGCGCACCUCCACGACCAAGGGGCACGUGCGCUUCCUGGACAUUGGGCCCGAGCGGGACAGCUCCGAGAGCGAAACGGAGAACACCGUGAUGGAGGACGAGACGGUGACGUCCGAGAAGUUUCUGCUGCUCAUCGACCAGCUGUCCGUCGACCAGAAGCGGCACCUCAGCAUCAAGGACAUCGGCAUCAUACUGGAGCGGCUGAGCUCGAAGAUACUCGACGUCGAGCGGUUGGAUCGCGAGAGCGAGUCCGACGAUUGCUACAACUGGACGAUCAAGGCGACGAUACGCGGGGACGCGCUGCGCGAGCUAGGUGUUAUUUACAAUGGAAACUAUUACGCAAUAUCAGAGCAUCCGGGCUACAAGGAGGAGAACGAGGAGAACGGCGAGGAUGCGGAGGAGGAGGACGAGGAUAGGUUAUAAAAUCCGCAACCUGGUUGCUUGAGCGGGAGCGGCUCGCGGUUGCAGAUAAGCCCUCUGUAAGCCACCGAAUGUUGGUCAAUGCGCCCUGUGUUGGCAGGCCGCGCACCACCUGGUGCCGGCGCGGUGCGCGCCAUUCUUAGUGAUUAUCUUUCUAUUUAGCCGCUAGUAGCAGCGCCACCCAUUUGCCGCACCACCUGGUUCACCUCUGGCCAGGGGAACCACUCCACCCCCCCUCCCUCCCUCCCUCCCUGCCCCCUCCCACGGAGGUAGUGCUCGCUGUGCUAGGGCGGGCAAUUGUUUUGGAACGGGGUGGAAUUCAGGGAACGGAAACCCUAAUAUUAGCAUAUUAGCUAUGUUUGUGUGUAUGUGUGUGUGUAUGUGAGUGUGCACGUGUAUGCCGGAGAAUUUUGUACCCUUUGUUCGAGAGAGAGACCGAGUGCGCUACAGGAGGGCAGGGGAUUGUAGGCGGAAGCAGCAAUCACACGGACAGACAAACCACACCUCCUCACGCACACGUAGCAGCAAAACAAACCGAAAAGAAACACAUCCAACUACUGUGUAGCAUUUUGUACGGCGUACGAUUCAUCGUUCAGGAUCGGGCAGGCGAUCGGUUCCUCGAUCCGUAGUCGAUUAGCCAGUCAGUCGCAUAAAACGAGCUAGUUGAGAAGGGGGAGGGGGGACGGCAAAUAAGUGCCAAAAGAGAAGUGACUCAUUCAUCACCCCAGUUCGGAAAGCCGGGUGAAUCGAAGACACACACACACACACGCUCAACAAUUGCAUCAAAUUGCUCCAGUUUAUCCACCAAGUGCAGUUCAAGCUAAAAUGCGCCAGCGAAUGACCUGACUAGGCGAAAAAAAACACGAAAAAACUUGGUUAUUCUAGUUCAAAUAACAAAUAAUAAUUAAACCCCCUCCCUCUCCAUAAGGAAAAACACACACGAACGGCACACACACACACAAGACAACACAAAACUGGGCUAGCGCCAGAGUGAGAACUCGUUAAUAUAAAGUAAAACUCGAAUAAAAACCUUACAAUGAUAAACAAAGCAAAACAAAAGUAAAGUAAACGACGCACUGCACGCCAUAAUAGCCAAACUAUAAGGCAUCAAACAAAAACAAACUUAAACAAACAAACAAAAAACAUGAACAUAAUAAAAAAAACAACAACCGGCAUGAUUGUAGUAGAAAAUGAGAACAAUGUUUUUAAAACGCUGCCAGUUACGAAAGUAAAUUAUAACGAACAAUAGUGACAAACAAAGAAGUCGAAUUGCGAACAAGUGGGAGAGAAAACAAAAAAUGGACGCGAAUAUCAAACACGAUAGACAUUCGUAGCGUUACAAGCAAGCAAAACAAAAAAAAAAAAGAAAAUAAAUGCCGAAGGUGGUGUUGUGAAGCAGAGCAAACGAAUAACAGAACACAUUCAAAUGUUAUAAUGAGCUGCAAUCACAAUACAAACGAAUUGGACUUAGAAAAGGUAAGGGUAGACGGAGGGACAAAAACAAAACAAAAAAAUAAACCGCACAUCAUUGUAAUCAUUACCUAGAAGAGAAACUAACGAAAAAGUAUUACUAAGCUGUGGCGAUCGGAGGGGUGGUAGAGUAUAACAUAAAACGAAGCAAUUAAAUUAAAAGGAAGAAGCGAGAGAAAAACAGAACAAAAGUCAAACUUUAAAACUGGCACUGUGAAAGGGAAGAAAACUAAAACAUAAAGAAAAUCCACGAAUCAUACAAACGAAAUAUCGUAAACGGACGUCGUAUGGUCGGGUUAGCUUGUUAUUAAAAACAAACAAAAACCUACAAAAAGUAUAAAUCAUUGGAUUGGACUUGAACCGGGAGCGAUCGUGUAUCGAAUACUUGUAGCUGAACGAAAACAUAAAAAGUUAAAUGAGGGUUAUAAAACCCGUGUGCGAAUGCAACAAGAGGACAAUUUCAAGCAAGUAGGGUAAACAGCCGUACUAGACUAGAAUUAUUUCUAAAGUAUAUAGGAAGUGCAAGUGGAAGCAGGAGUAACGGGAAACCAGAAUGCUACUUGCACGAUGCCGUUAAAACACAUCUAAUUCGAUGAUAGAAUUUGAAUAAAUUUCAAAUAACCGCAACCCCAUACUAAGAACAGCUGGGCGUGAUUUAAUUUAAAACAAAAACACUUAGCAAUCGUAAACCGAUCGAGACGUGCUCGUUAGUGGCAAAAAAUACACUGACACACAGAAAAGGAAAACCGAAACCAAACAUGCAACCCUGAUUAGACAGGCAACGGCUGGAUCAGCUCACUAAACAGCGACACAAACACACAAAAGAUAGACACUUAAUAGUACGAAAACCUUUAAUUGCAAAAGUUUUUUGCCGAGAUAUGCAAGCGUAGAAGAGUCUCAGUUAAGCCAGUUGUUAUAAUGAGUGAAUACAGUUGAACAAACAGUGACAGCAGCAGAGGAAAAGAAACGCUACAGAGACAGAAGUGAGAAACAUAGACCGAAAAAAAAACAAAACAAAACAAAACAAAAAGUAAUAAUAAAUAAUAACAAAACUAUAGAGCUCGGCAGCCCGCAACGCAACUACAAACGUGCCAUCAAGGACACUAUGGUAAUCUAAUUGAGUAUUUGAAGAUAAUCGUACAACAUGACACCUUUUCCCGCUCCAGCUCCCAUUCCCUCCAGAAAAUUAUACGCUCCCCUAAAUCCUCAAAACAAACAAAUGUAAUGGAAAACAAAUGACGUUCUUACUUGCACCACUACCACAACACGAGAGUUUAAUCGAACAAACAAACAAAAAAACCAAGAAAAACCCCAAAUAAAACAAAGAUUUAGAAAAAAAAACAUAAAUUGCCUAUCAAACUGGGUGGCAAAACAGAUAACGCAAAAAACACAAAAAAAAAAAAACAAAAAACAACACAAACACACAACCACACACUAACCAAGAUGGGAUUCAGACCCAGUACCGGUGUAUGCGAUUAAUGGUAUAUGGUACGUUGCUGGGUACUGGAACCGCUUUGGGUAAAAUAAUAUAUAUUAUAUUAUUGGUAAAUGAGUAUUUGGAGCAGAUGUUAUCAUCGACGGGCAGGCGUUCAAUGAUGAUGCUACAAAUAAACUUGUUGAAGGAGUCGUGUGUUGAAGGGGGAGGAGGAGGAGGAGGAGGAGUAAAAAAUGCAAUAAUCAGUCAGACACGUCAGUCACGCGUACACUUUUUUCGGUGAAAAUACGUACACUGCGCGAGCAGCAAAUCAGUGGGAACCAGCCCCGUUUGGAGCUGGAGGUUGCCAAUCAGGACGCAGCAGAGAUUUACGUUUGCCUGUAUUUCUUGUUUGUACACUCAAUCACCCCCCAAACACAUACACAUACAAACACAGUGAACACACUUAGUGAAAAUGGCAUUGUUUGGCACCGGUGCAGGAGGGAGUGGAAGCGUUUUGCGCCUCGAAGUGGCGAAACACUGUAGCGCGGUGGUUUCGGAAAAUUGGAAUCGAAAUAAAAAAAACAAAACGUAAAUGUAUUAGAAAGUAUGCACAUAUGCACAUAUUGCUGUGUAUACGUGUAUGUGAAAUUAUGCAUGUACAUGUGUAUAUUUGUAUGUAUGUGUGUGUGUAGAGGUGUAUGUAUGUGUGCGAUCGAGGGGGGGGGGGGGAGAGGUCGAAAGUCGGUCGAAAGGGGCGAGCUUGAAAGUGGAUUAAUACUGGACUGGGUGCAAUCUGUGGCCGUUUUGGGGCGUAAGAGUCUACCGUUUGCUACUAAAGUUCACUACAGUUGCAACUGAUCAGGCUUGAAUGCGUACAUUGGACUACACUGCGCAACGUCUGCACCAAGCGUCUUCUUUCCUCGUAGUUCUGGUAACGGUUGCUGCUGUUAAUUUGCAUGUGCGUGUAUGUUUUUAUGUAACAGUCUUCUUUUCCAUCAACUAUUAGACACACACACACACUUACACUCAGACACAAACAGUACCUGUUUAACAAAAGUUGCAGAGCGAAGGCGCUGUGCAGCCCUUCAUUUGCAUGCUAGUCCGCUAAGGGACGGAAUUUUACGUUUAUUCGUAACAGAAAAGAGCCCCCGUCUCCAUGACGCAUCGUGAAAUAGACUCACUUACUUUUUAAGUUAAUAAUAGUGUACCACUGCCAUUAGUUAUCAUGUAAAUCGCAUCAGGGUCGGAAAGAAUCUAUUUUAUUUUAGAUAAAAUUAUGAAGAAAAUCUCUAUGAUGGUUUAUAAAGGUGUUUGCUGUUAUUGAGCCACCAAUAGCAUUUAUUUGGCCAAUGAUUUAUAUUAAAGGAAGUACAAACACUCCCUCACGCACAUUCAUUACUUACGCAAGAGCACUGAAACAUCGUUUGUUCAACGUAAAUGCAUUAUCGCUAAAGAAGCAUCUGCAGUUUAGACGCCUUAGGUCGGAUCAUUGUCAACGAGAGUGUGUGUGUUCGCUUAAAAAACCUGUUUCGUGAUUGACUGCCAGCAUUCCUAUCUUUUGUCACCUCAAUUUGCCAAAAACGCAUGUCUGCCAAAUAUCUAUCCUGUGCCAAAUGCUACCUGUGGUCUGAUGAAGGUAGAGAGACGAAGAAACUUUUGUUUUGCCUAGCUCGAGGAUAUUUAGUACGAUAAUAAGAAUAACGGCUUUUGUUACUUUUGUAUGUACCGGCUAUCCGUUUUUAUAGUAUUAAUUUAUUCUUGAACGAUUCAUUGAAUGGUAUGGAUUGGUUUUGUUUUUAUCAGAUGCACAAGGAUGUUCGUAACGAGAGUGAGACGAGCUUUAUCAAGAUCUUACGGCAGCACUCGAUUCGACACACCGGUUGUCUCUUUGCUGUGUAAUCAGAAUCGGGAGUGGAAGUAAUAAGCAAAUAGGAACAAAUCUUGUCACAGUGUACAUGAAUGGAUACGUUACUUUGUUAAUCCAUUGUAUGUAUAAUGAGUACCCGGUUUAAAACAGUAACAAGCAAAACCAAACAGUCUUUAUCAUCGGUGUAGUCGUGUGUUGGGCUCCAAUCAAGCCGGGUGGAGAUGGCCUAUCAUAAUCAGUCACUUUGGUUGCUACUGCUUCUUGCGUGAUGCAACGUGUACGCGUAAACAUCUCACCUACUACCAGCCUACAGUUUGAUGGAAUUUAGUUACAAUUUUACGUAAAAAAAAACACUACGUCUCCUCGUACGUACUGUGCAGCAACAACAUUCCAGACAGAAAAACGGAAAUUUUAUACGUAUUUAUUUUUGUUUGAAAUAUGUUUAAGCCACAUCCAAAAAUGAACCAUCGCGUUCGGUUUAAAUGUUAUCGAGGCGUUGCUCAAAUUGGGAGCAAAACACGCACGCCAAGCAACGUGACUAAUACAAAAAUCAUUGAAUACAUAAAUAGGUACUGAUUCGUAAAAAACCAAAUACAAAAAGAACAUAUAAAUUUGAAAGCAGGUGUGGAAACAAGUUAAGUGAGAAACGGCUUAUACGUAUGAUUCCGACAAGAGCGGAACGAUACAAACGAGCAACGUACCUAAGUGUAGGGGAGUUAAAUCAAUUGGCAAGCGAGCAGUAAACCCUGCCCAAUAAUCGCGGGAAAAUCGGAUGUGUUGUGCUAUCACGGUGAAAGAAGGGCACCGGGAAUUACACAUCUACAAAAACACGAACAUAAACACACACACACACACACACACACACACACACACACACACACACACACACACACACACACACACACACACACACACACACACACACACACACACACACACACACACACACACACACACACACACACACACACACACAGACACAUUCGUUAAAGAUGUUGCAACUCGGCGCAGCGGUGCAACUUUCGUAGACACAGCUAGCGAGUUAAAUUAUAUAUGACACUGCCCUAAGCCCUACGGUUUGACACCACAGAAACUCCUCUUAGCGAACGCUGUGGAGGAAUGCAAUGCGCCAAGGGGGGAACGCUAACAUACGACGCCUGCAGGCCGCGUUAAAUUCAAUGCAUUAACGUAAAUAACGAAAAAAAAGGAAAAUGCUAAUCCCAGCGUAAAAUCACAUGCAAAGGUACAGCGGUAAACUGAAACGAACUUAAAAAAAGUAAACGGCACGUUAAAACGAUACCAACCCUACACACACAUCAAAACCGGAACGUUAUCCUUGCGCUGGUUUGAUCUAUUGCGUCAAGCAGUCCCUAAUUGUGCAGCCUCCGAGAUACAUUACCGAAGCAUAACCGUAACACUAGUGAACAAUCGCGACAAAGCCAAAGCGCACGAAACGAGGCGCCUCCAUUAACGGAAAAAAUACACAAACACACACACACACUUCGCGUAAUGCAAUGCAAAGGUAAAGGAUACUAUCUAAAACCCCUACUAAUCGACUGUUCGUACCAUUCUAGAUGAAAAGGGGGGGGGGGGGGGGAGGAUAGCAUAACCCUUCCCCAAACUGCACCGUGCAGAAGUAGUGAAACCCUGAGGGUUCAUGCCGAUGAGGGGUGAGGGGAGGGGGGGAGUUGAGGGGACAGACAGGAACGGCGUUGUAGAACUUUCAUCCGCCAGCUAGAAGGAGAAAAGAGGGGAAAAAAAGAACGGAACAGCGGCAAUCGAGCGGUUUAGAAAACGAGGGAAAAGAAAUAAUUGAAAUAUAGCAAACUUCUAAUAUAAACGAUAUCGUAACAUAUUUUUUUAAAUAUAUAAAAGAGAGAAAAGAAAAACGUCAAAAAAUAUAACACUGAGCGCGAUGGAAUGCCUGCGGACAGGAGUAUCGUUUCGAGAGAGCAAACAGGCGCCAAGGUGCGAAACCCGAUUCCCAGAUUGGAUCGCGGGCGUAAAACAACUGUUUGCAGAGCAUAGAGGAACAGCAUAAGUGCAGCGAAAGAACGUAAACAAUCCGCCAAAGAGAUGUCACUCAAUCAUGGUGGAGGAAAGCUGUAGGGGGAAAUAAUGGUGGAACACGCAGCUAUAACUCUCGUAGUUGACAGAUACUUACCGGAAUUUAGACGCAUGAUUUCUACUACCACACAUACUGCAUAACAGGAAAAUAAUCUACCCCUCCCCUUAAAAGCUAAGCGUGGUAUACGUUGCUAAUCAAUCCACUGAUUAUCGCAAACGGAACUCGGAAAGCGAUACACUUACACCGUAUGUACCCCCGUACAACAUAGACAAAAUGAAGAAAAAAAACAACAACAACAUCACACGCACACAUACACAAACACAUACACAGACAUUGAUGAAAGUCGAAUUCAUUUAAUACCUAGAAUUAUUAAUCUAAAUAUUCACGUAUUUAAAUGGUGACUGGUCGAAGGAUCACGGCCCUUGCGGCGGGUUAAGUAGCAGAACAGUGGCAAAAGAAAAUUAUGGAAGAAAACUAAUUAAACGGGUUUUGAAUAUAAUUCAACAAAGUGAAACAGAAUAGAACAAACGAGUAACCAAACAAAAAAAAAA